CUCCUCCUUGUCCUUCUCCUCCUUGUCCUUCUCCUCCUUGUCCUUCUCCUCCUCCUCCAGGCCUGUUUGCCCAGGUAAUGGGUACGCGGAUCUCCUGCAAGCGGUGCGGCACGAGCGCGUUCGUAUUGCAGUCGCCGGAGGCACUGGAGGACAAUCUGGUCAGUUGGGCGCAUCACACAGGCUGCGAGGGUGUAGAUGACCUCGUGCUCGCGUCAGCGAACAGGCAGCUGCUUUCCCAAGGGAAGGCAUCCUCGAGCGCAUGCGGAGUGUCAUUCGUCAUGGGUUGCCGCAUCGAGUUCACCAAGGAGAUGGUUCAGCGUCUGGAGGAAGAGGACCGCAUGCGGCAAGAGCAGCGCAAAGCAGCCAAUAUGGCGCCUCCGAUUUCGGCAGCAUCUGACGCAGGGUGUCCUGCGACUGUAGCUUCCUCUGUUCAGAAUGUUGGUACCAAACAGAACGAAGCAAUGCAGGAUGAACACAGCCCUGCGGGUCGCCGAGCAUCAGCGAAGAGGCGCCGUAAAAGCUUCAUCGAUGUUGGCAGCGACGACUCGCGAGAUGAAGACUUCGUAGAAGACGGCCGGUGAGCCGCCACCUCUGUCGAACGUGUGAGUUCAUGGCCUUGCGGAGUGUACAGGUAAGGCCAGGCCAGUGAGACUCGCGAAUUCAAAGUCGAGGCUGGCAGCUCGCCGUGCCGUUUUUUCUGCCUCCUCCAGGCAGGUCCUGCCACCAACCGGGAAGGAUGAGGAGGCUGCGCGCGGGGACAGCACAAGCGGGUGCCACCAUGGGCCAGCUUGGGAUAGGCGCAGCAGGGGCCCCGUCCUGUAA